CAGUUGUUCGCUCUCGGAGUUGUCAUUUCUGAUCAAGUGUGUGUGUAAACAAGGAUACGAUUCGUUAUGACCUCUGCAAUACAAUCAUUCUACAAGAACAAGACUAUUCUGAUUACAGGUGGCAGUGGAUUUUUGGGAAAAGUGACUAUUGAGAAGCUGCUCCGCUCGACGGAAGUGAAGCGGAUCUAUGUCUUGAUCAGGCCAAAGAAGGGUCAAGAGAUGCAGGAACGCAUUGCAGGCUGGAAGGAUGAACCUGUCUUUAGUGUUCUGCUUGAAUCAAAGCCUGAUGCCUUAAAAAAACUGGUUCCCAUAGCAGGAGACAUGCUUGAACUGGAUUUGGGCAUCAGCCUGGCAGAUAGGGAACUGCUCACAAGGGAGGUCGAAGUAGUGUUCCACGGAGCAGCAACUACUCGCUUCACGGAGCCACUGCACGUGGCUUUGAAGACCAACACGCGACCAACACGGGUAAUGUUGCAAUUGGCCAGGGAAAUGAGUCGCUUGGAGGCUUUCAUUUAUUUGUCCACCGCCUACUGCAACUGCAUUAGCUUUCACAUAGAGGAACGCUACUACCCUGAGCACUUAAAGUGUAAUGCCGAUCAGGCCUUGGGCCUGCAAGAGGUUCUGGGAGAUAAGUUAACAAAUGAAGCUGCAUCCGUCUUGAUGGGCAAGUUUCCUAACACUUAUACUUUUACCAAAGCGCUGUCGGAGCAGAUUCUCGAGCACGAGUCGGGCGAUCUGCCCGUGGCUAUCUUUCGACCGGGUAUCGUUGUUAGCACCUACAAAGAACCUAUAGAGGGAUGGGUGUCGAAUCCGGUUGGUUGCACAAUGCUGCUCUUCGCUGUUGGAAUGGGUGCUGUGCGCACCGCAAUGGUAGACAUUUAUAGUAACGCCAAUAUCGUGCCCGUCGACUACUCCGUCAACCUGAUGCUUGCUAUUGGCUGGCACACGGCAGCAGAGGCCGUAGUUCGAAAGAAGAAUGCGAUUGCUGCUCCCCCACCGCCCAUCUACAAUCAUGUGCCCAGUGAAAGCAAUAAGCUGUUGUGGGGGGAGUACAGGGAUAAUUCGGCGGCUCUUGGGGAUGUUUUUCCUCUGGAGGGAAUGAAGUGGUUACCCUUCUUGCACUGCACAACAAACCCUUGGGUGUUCCGAUUGCUCUCCUUCUUCUAUCAUUAUCUGCCUGCCUUCUUUGUAGACCUCGUCUUGCAACUCAGGGGCCAGAAGCCGCAUAUCGUUAAGCUGUACCAGAAGAUCCACAUGCAGAUGGAAGUGUUGGAAUCGUUCUGCAUCAAUAACUGGAGUUUUACGACGCACAACGUCGACCAGUUGUGGAGCAUCAUGUCACCAGCAGAUCGGAAUGUAUUCGAGUUCGACAUGGCAUCGGUGAACUGGAAAGAUUUCUUCUACAAGUCUAUAAGCGGCCUGCGAGCCUAUAUAGCGAAGGAAGAAAACACUCCGGAAUCUAUAAAGCGGGGUCGCAUUCUUAGAGCGCGCUUACUCUUUCUACAUCGCCUGCUGCAGUGCAUCAUUUGUCUGUUUGUCGGCUUGCUGCUGUGGAAACUACUGCGUUGUGUGCUUAAUUUCUAGUUUGCCGCUAAUCAUAUUAUUUGCAAUGGAAUAAUAAACACUUAACAACACUUUAGUUGCAACUCACUGCCUGUGCUGGUGGCGAGUCCUGCGCAGCACAAGGACGACGUAGCCUGCCAAAUGGCCACCAAGUAGAGCACUAAAAACACCGAGGAGCGCAACAUUUGAACGCGUCGCCAACUGGCAAUCAACUAAGCAAUGAAUAAGCAACGAGACUAAAGACUGUCGACGCACACAUAUUUUGCUCUCUCGUUCCCUUCGUCCUUGAUUGGUCACAUCCGCUGUUCGCUUUCCUUUUCAGACUUCCCCCAGACGGAAGCUGUCAAUUCGCGGCGCAGAAGUUUGCCGCCAUUUGCUGGCGAUUAGCAUAAUUCGAUUGGGUCGAUCGAUUGGGAUUGUCUCGCUAUCUGAAUCUACCAUAAGGCUAAUUUAUGGGGCGCCAACUUACGAUUCGAGCGUCCCUUCGCAUCCUGCGUAUCCUGCAAACUGUUUUCCUUAGCGGGCGCUGAAAGCGGCGGCUUCAAGGCGACACUGGCUGCCUCCAAAAUGGGUGCCACCAAACGCUGCUCGUCGGCCACGAAUUUGUACUUGCCACGAAAUCCUUUUGCAGUGCGAUUUGAGCUGGCAUUGAACUCCAGCAGCAGAUCAGGCCCGCUGCUAACUAUGCGACGUGUGGGGCAAGGUGAGCACAGCACAUCGAUGACAGCAUUCAUGUGAGCUGACUCCGCAUCGAAGAUGGUUACUGCAUCCAACUGACAGCCACCAUGAGUCACCGGCGGCAGCUGCAGCUCCUCGAACUGCAGCUCGACGCGGCUGUCGGGUCUGCCAAUGAAUUUGUAGGCGCAUUUGAUGUGUGCUGGAUAGUGGGCGGGGAAGCGGGGCGAGUGGAAGUGGCCCUGACCCAGCUGGCCAUCUCCUGAGGUGCUGGCAAAGAAAUAAUAAUCGCAGAAGCUGUGUGGCACCAGGCGACCCUCAGUUCUGAAGGAUUCUAGAGAGAGAUUGAAAUAGGUUUAGCAAGUUGGGGAUAGGCGAAGAUGGAUUAGGCUUACCUUGUUUGAGGAACCGAUAGCUGGCUGUCAGAUUCAAUGGCCAGUUGGUCAACUUGGCUGGCGGCUGUUGAAAACUUAAGCGAAGUCCCAGCAGCCUCCCGGCGCUAUAAAUAGGCGUGGCAUUGCGAUCGCUGUGCUGGCACCAAGUGUACGAGGCCAGCGUCGAGUUCUCGAUGACGGGCUCCCGAAGAUACGGAAAGACCUCGACGGUGUCCAAGCAGCUGUCACCAAAAAAUAUAUAUGCAGUAUACGCAUUGAGAAAGAUAGAGAGAGAAUGAAAUGGCCGAAAGACAAAAUGGCCGAAUCACAAUUCUAAUGAUGUCGAAAAUUUAUUGGCCGAUACAUUUGGGGCUGGUCGCUUGGCCGCCUCGUUGGUCAGCCUAUAAAUAGUCUGGUGCCCCUCUUCCUCUCCCUCUUCACAGCAGACAAGGUGAAUCGCAUUGCUUUACUGCUUGGUUCUUCAUCAUUUAUUUUGAUAAAAGUCUAACAAAAGUUGGCGUUAAGGUUAACAAAAUUCGAGCAGGAGUGUCUAAUAAAUUUUGUGAAUUUUAAUCAUUUGUAUGUAGGCGAAGCUGAUUACAAUUGAAAUGUAUUUCUAAACGAAAUAUGGGGUUAGAACCUGUAUAAGAGGGGCCACAAAAAAUAUGACAGCUAUUGUGUUA